AUGACCAAAAGACUAGGGAGAGAGCAUGUGCAAAGAGGCAAGGUGAAAAGUUCAGUUGAGAGGAAGACUAUUUACUUCAUCCAAAAACCCUCAGACGACCACCAGAAGCGCCUAAAAGGAACAAUGGGCAGUCGCAAAAAGGCGGGGGGGGUGGCGCGGCGCAGCGGGCAGCUCAACCUGGCGGGACGCGGCCUCAGCCACGUGCCCGAGCACGUGUGGAGGAUCAACCUGGAGCCUCCGGAGGACGCGCGGCAGAACCUGUCCUUCGGAGCCGCCGAGCGCUGGUGGGAGCAGACCGACCUGGCCAAGCUGAUCCUGGCCUCCAACAAGCUGCAGAGCCUCUCCGAGGACGUGCAGCUGCUGCCUGCCCUCACCGUGCUGGAUGUGCAUGACAAUCUACUGACAUCGCUUCCUUCUGCUUUAGGGCAACUUGAAAAUCUCCAGAAACUCGAUGUCAGCCACAACCAGCUGAGGAGCCUUCCCGAGGAGCUGCUGCAGCUGCCCCGUCUGAGGAGCCUCCUGCUGCAGCACAACCAGCUGAGCCAGCUGCCCGAGGGGCUGGGGCAGCUCCUCAGCUUGGAGGAGCUGGAUGUGUCCAACAACCAGCUCACAGCCAUCCCCAGCAGUUUUGCUCUGCUGCUGAACUUGGUGAGGCUCAAUCUGGCCUGUAACCAGCUCAGGGAGCUGCCUGCAGACCUCAGUGCCAUGAAAAGCUUGAGGCAACUGGAUUGUACCAAAAACUACCUGGAAACGGUGCCUCCUAAGUUAGCAAGCAUGGCAUCCCUGGAGCAGCUGUACCUGAGGAAAAACAAGCUGCGUGCCUUGCCCGAGUUUCCCUCCUGCAAGUUACUGAAGGAAUUACACGCUGGGGAGAAUCAGAUUGAAAUGCUGAAUGCAGAGAAUCUGAAGCAGCUGAGCUCCCUGUGUGUGCUGGAGCUCAGGGACAACAAGAUCAAGGCAGUGCCCGAGGAGAUCACAGUGCUGCAGAAGCUGGAGAGGCUCGACCUGGCCAACAAUGACAUCAGUAGGUUGCCUUACACCCUGGGGAACCUCCCCCAGCUGAAAUUCCUGGCACUGGAGGGAAAUCCUUUGAGAACCAUUAGGAGAGACCUGCUGCAAAAAGGCACUCAGGAACUGCUGAAAUAUCUGAGGAGCAAAAUCCAAGAUGAUGCCCCUGGCCCCAGUGAGGAGCCUCCUGUGACAGCCAUGACUCUUCCCAGCCAGUCCAAGGUCAACAUCCACGUCAUAACCACGCUGAAAUUAUUGGAAUACAGUGACAAGCAGGCUGCAGAGAUCCCCGGGGCCGUGUUCGACGCCGUGGGCUCCAACCCCGUGGCCACGGUGAACUUCAGCAAGAACCAGCUCAGGGAGAUCCCCCCAAGGCUUGUGGAGCUGAAGGACUCAGUUUGUGAUGUCAGCCUGGGCUUCAACAAAAUCUCCUCCAUUUCCUCAGAGCUGUGCCUGCUCCAAAAAUUGACCCAUUUGGAUCUCAGAAACAAUGUUCUGACAGCCUUGCCUGAGGAAAUGGAGGCUCUGAAAAGACUGCACACAAUAAAUCUGGCUUUUAAUAGGUUUAAGGUGUUUCCCAGUGUCCUGUAUCACCUCCCAGCCCUGGAGACCAUCCUGCUCAGCAACAACCAGGUGGGAUCCAUCGACCCUGUGCAGCUGAAGGGUUUGGACAAGCUGGGAACUCUGGAUCUGCAGAACAAUGACCUCCUCCAGGUGCCCCCAGAGCUGGGCAACUGUGAGAACCUCAGGAGCCUGCUGCUGGAGGGGAACCCGUUCCGCACGCCCCGCGCCGCCGUGCUGGCCAAGGGCACGGCUGCAGUGCUGGAGUACCUGAGGAGCCGCAUCCCCUCCUGAGCCUGGGCAUCUUCCUGGGCACCCUUCCUGAGCCUGGGCAUCCCUCCUGAGCCCAGCCUGGCCAAGGGCACAGCUGCACUCCUGCAGAGCCACAUUCCAGCCCCACGGGAGCAGCCAGGUCCCCCCUGUCCCCCCAGCACCCCUGGGCUCCACUGCCUCCAUCCUGGCUGGGAGUCUGCCCAGCCUCGAGCCUUGGUUGCAGAGUUAAGAGCACAGCUGUGAAACAUUCCCUGCCCUCUGCAUGUUCCAGCAGGGAUUUCUGCACCCCACGCUCUGUUCACGCUGUUUGGGACACAGGACAGCAAGGGAAGCUGCCUUCAGCACAGCCAGGGUGUCUCAUCAUGUCACCAUCAAACCGGGGCCAGAGGCAGAGGGAACACUUCUGUGGUUUUUAGAUCCCUGUUUGCUCUUGUUUCACCAGCUCUGCCCCUGCUGUGGGUGUGAUGGAGUGUUUGAGGUGCUGAGAGGUGCCCCAGGUGUGUGCAGGGCUCAGCUGAGUGACAGUGGGGCUGCUGCUGCACCCAGACAAUAAAUGUUCCCUUUGCAUGUCUGCUUUGGCUCCUUCCAGCUGAAAUUGAGCUUUGUCCAUGGGAACAUUGAGAACUUUGUCUCGUUCAAAACUCGUCCAAGUGUCCUGCAGUGGAUCUUUAGUGGUAGCAGUGCUCUGGGUGGGGCUGCACCACCUUCCAGUGCCUCAGCUCCCUUUCCACGGGGAAAUUCCUGCUGGUGUCACCCUGAGCCUCCUCUGGGGCUGU